AUUAAGCCCUCCAAUACUGCAACAACUGUGCGUGGUGGCGGUUUUGUCAAGAGAGGCACACAGAGAGAGGGAGACAGACAUCAAGUUCCUGGUCUGGAAUUGUGGCUGCAGCCUGCUUAGAGACACGACGUCCACCCCCUAACCCCACGCACCGACCAGGGUUCGCCCGUCUGGCUCUUCUCUGCGGUGCUCCCUUCAUUUUUGCCCCUGUUUUUGCUUUUUAAGGCGCAGCGUCGUUCUCGCCCGCCCAGCCCGGUUUCAGGCAGCCAGCCAAGCACGGCGAUCACAUGCUCGGCGCGGAUUCGCCCGCAGCUCCCAACCGCUAGUCCCGAUCCGACUAGCCUAUCAUUAUUCGGCAAAUCUUUUAUCCGUGUAGUCUCGAGCACGUGACCACGACGCUCUCCGCCCGGCAGAAUCGUCCGCAAAACGACGCGAUGGACGCCGCGACCGACUCAAACCCUCAACCGCCGGUCGAACCGCCAGCACCCUCGUUCUCAACCGACUACUGGAAUAGCGUGAACUCCAUAUACCCGUCCAAUCAGCCCCACGACCAGCCUUUUGGCAUCGGGUGGGAUCACCCCGUUUUCCAGCAACAUGACUCGCAUCCACAUCCGCAUUCCCACCCGCACCCACACCCUCAGUCGCAGACGCCCGACCUGUAUGCUCAUCCUCAGCACGCAUGGCACCAACCUCCGAUCCAGCAGGGCGUGGUUACCGAGCCACAGCAGAACUUCGAACUUCAGAGCCACUUUCGAAUGACCUAUCAGCAGCCACCUCAGCAAUCCCCCCCUCCGUCCUACGAUAAUCCACCACAACCCAACCCGGCAUAUCCAACGUACUCCUUCGAACCAGCUCCCUAUUACCAGAACUCUCUCCCGGCCCAUAACACAUCGUUUGCACAAUCUCAGGUGGAUCUGCAAAGGGCGACUCUACAAAGUGUCCCAGACAAUUCUCUUGAAAGCCACCCCGCCCCUUAUGCCGCUCCUCCACCUCUACAACCGAAUAUCCAGCCGCGACCGGUUGCGUUCGCCUCCACAUAUCCGACCCCUAGCUAUCACAGUACCAUUGAUCCUCAGUUUCUUACAGCUACCCGACAUUCCAUGCUUCAGCCUGACCAGGGCCAGAGAAAUGUCUUCGUUGUCAACCCGGCAGAUCUUGAACGCACUAAUACUACGAGAAAUGUCCAGGUUCGGAACGGCAGCGUGGCCAAAUCCACUGUCCUCUCAUCCCAACAAGCAAACCUCAUCCAACCGCAGCUGAUUAAAAAUGGAAUCCCGGCGAUUCCCAAGCCAAUUCAACCACGUAAGAAAAAAGAACCUGUGGCCAAGGCGAAGGCCCCCGCAAAAAAGGAUCAGGUCAAAAUAGUAAAGCAGGAUGGCGAUCGCAUCUCCGACAGCGACACCUCAUCAGAUUCUGAGACGGAAGGACCGCCGGAGCAGUCGCCUCUUCCUCUAUCGCGACCUACCGACCUCGAUGGUGGCGUCAAAUAUGACGCAAUGAAAAUUGUCUGGUUUCCGAGGAACCGACAGCCAUCAGCUCCCGCUAUACGAAACGCGAUGGUUUUAUUCUCAGACCUAGUAAAAGGUGUACGCGACGUUUGGAAGUCUCGGAGUGAGGCUCUCAAAGCUGCAGAAAAUCAAAAUCAAGAGGAUAAGAUCCCGGCAAUCAAAAGAGAGGUCAUCAUGCAGCGACGAUUGCUGGAUAUCAUCAUCAACACCACUCUUGUCAACGGCCACCCUUCUUAUGUUCAAAGAUUCGGUGAACAUCCAAUUAUCGUCUCCGCAUUUUAUUCUUUUCUUUUGGACCGUCACACCGCUGCCGAUAGCGAUGGUGCAUUAACGGUCAAUAUACUCAAGUUGAUGACCAAAUUCAUAACAAUGGAUCAAGCUAUGCUUGAAAAGACCAAAAACGAUAAGAUUCUCUCCCGGUUUGUCAAAAAGGGCGGCGAGACCAUUAAGAAGCUCGCACAAGCCGUCCUCGAGAAUGCAGCUCUGGCGACAAAGAAUAAAUCCGAGUCGGCCAAGGCUGCUACAAAAGAAAAUACAACACAGGUUAAGAAAGAAUUAUCCGAGGUCCCUUAUCCUCACGCCCUAAAUCGAAACCCUGGCCAGCCCAAUGCCAAGAAACGAGCUCGAGAGCCUGAAGGUAGCAAUGGCCCAGCACCAAAACGAGUAGUCUCACCACCAAAUGCAAAGACAGUUUCAAGGCCUUUGGCAGCCAGUGCAACCACCACACAGCGUGGCAUUGCCUCUGGUAGUGACAAUAAACCGGCGUCACAAAAUGCAACCCAGCCUAUCAAACCCAAGGCAAACAUCGUUACCCCUAAACCGACUCCGAGCCUCUUCAGCAGUUUAAUGUCCGCCUCGAAGAAACCGGGAACGUCUAAUGCCGCCCGUGCUGCCGCUGCCGCCGCUGCUGCUAAAGAAAAAGCAAAAACUGAACAAGAAACACCACGCCCUCCGCCGAGGCCAGCCUUCUCGUUUGCAGAAACGUUGGCUGAUUUGAGCAAGCCUAAAGAGAUCACUUCGGCAAAACCAGUCGAGGAGUUGCCACCAGAGACGGAAGAAGAGAAGGCCAAGAGGCUCAGAAAGGAGGAAAGGCGUAAACUUCGAGUCUCUUGGAAGCCUGAUGAUAGUCUAGUCGAAGUUCGGUUGUUCACUCAUGAUCCAGAAGAGGAAAUCGGCCGAGAUGACAGUGCCAAGCGCGAUGUUAGUGACCUUGCUGGAGAAGGUCGAACACUCAAAAUGCAUCGCGGUCUGGACGAUUUGGACGAGGAUGAUGAUGACGACGACAUGCUGGCUUACCGUUGUCCUUCAGAAAUAGAUUUUACCGACCUUGAGGCCAGCGAUCGCGAAAGGAAUUUUGUCAAGACUGGCGGCGAAAAGGCACCGAAGAGUCCUGCGAAGGAAGACCAGGACCAGAGAGAGGUCAACACUCUAAGCGUAUUCUAUACAUCUCCUGAGGAUGUCCCUGUCUCUCCCAAAGAACCACCAACCCCUGAAAAGGACGAAGAAGCCUAUGAGCCUGAAGAUGACUUUGGACAGCCCAGCGAUCAGGUCAAGGCGCGAUCCGCGAAAUACUUUGCUGCCAUGGCUGCCAUGGCCGCCAAAGCGACUGGUGCUAGAACUCCUGGUGCUGGCGUCGCACCACAAUCGGCGCCGCCAGUUCCAGCAGCUCCUCCAGCUCCACAGGUCCAGCCUUCGGCACAAAUGGAUAUCUCUUCGUUGCUCAAAGUCCUACAACACAAUCAAUUACCCCCAGUUCAACCCCAGCAACAGCAGCCCGCACCGCAAUCCAACAUGUCUGACCUCGAAAGAAUUUUUAAUCAAUUUCGCGAGACGAACCAAGCCCCCGUGCAACAACAACAACAACAACCGCCAGCCGCGCCGGUGGCUACUCAAGGCCUCGAUUGGCAGAAGCUGCUAAAUGUCAUGGCGCUUCAGAAACAAAUGCAACCAGCUCCGACCUUUCCGCAAGUGCAGGCCACCCAAGGCCCUGAUUUGGCUGCCAUCUUAGCUCAGUUGAACCCAGGCACGCAGCAAGGACAGCAGAAGCAACAGCAGCAGAUGGCCCAGUCGUUUGACUUUAGCCAACAGGUUGCAACUCCUUACGAAAAUCCAGAGCGGAAGCGCUACCGUGAGGCCGCGGAAACCGAGGAUGCAGAUGAUAAUGGCUACGGAUAUAAUAAGCGUUCCAGGGCGAACGGCGAUUCCGGAAAGUCUAAAAAACAUCCUAAAGCAGGUUUAGUUCCCUGCCGUUACUGGAAAGAAGGCAAAUGCCUGAAAGGUUCAGACUGUACCUUUAGACAUGAUCCUCUCGAUUAAGUCAUCAUACCCGCCAAACUUGCAUUGCAUCUAUCUACAUUUUUAUCUGUUCGAAGCAUUUCGAUACCCCUCCCGCAUUUCAUUCUUGCUUGGCGUCUAGUUCUGCAUACAAUCAUAUACAUGGAUGGAUAGGAUGGGCGUGUCUUUUAGUUUUAUGGUGGCGAAACAGCAGGAGAGACAGGCUUUGCGCUUAAUAUGGUGUUGUAUCUUACCGGGAUCUGGUGGCAUUUCUUUUUGCGGUGUAAUGUCUUACUGUUGCUCACUUCCUGACACGCUAGAGAUGUGCUUGGAGUUGUUGGGUUUGAGUGUCUUUUUCUGUUUAUGUUAACUGUGAUGUAUUCACUCCUCUGCGCGUUUAUAAGUCCUCGGAUCUUCUCCGUUCAUCCUCUGCCGAUGUCUGCCUACUACACAUGGUCAAGUAGGGAGGUGUUUUUUCUUUUCAAUGAUCAUAAAUCAGUGUGAUAGUCCUGGUCUCCACUGCUAUUGUAUUGUACCACAUUGUGUCAUCAAAUCCCAUGCCCAUUUGUUGCUUCACAGUUUCUGUGCGUGCCGCUUGUAGGUAGUCACUUGUUAACAAGGAGCCCAGUGGUUGGCUAA